AUGGCGGUGUUGGGUAUUGACCUAGGCACACAGAACAGUGUCUUGGCGACCAUCAACAGGGGCGCCGUCUCUGUCAUUCGCACCGAGCUGGCUGACCGCCUUACUCCUUCUCUCGUACUCUUUUCUCAAGGCCACAGACUUAUGGGAGAUCAUGCAGCCCCGCUGGUGAGGAGUCAGGCAAAGGCGUGUUGCCGCGCCUUCAAGAAUUUGUUGGGGGAAAUGUUUGCGGAUUCUCCUCGCGUUGGCCGCGAAAGGGGAUUCCAAUUGGCCGAAAUUGCAGAAGCGGAAGGCGGGGUGGCGGGGUACCGCCUAUUGUUUGCUUGUUCGCCCGUGUUCGUGCUGACAUUCGUUUGUUUGCUCGUUUGUUUGUUUAACAUUCUCCGUUUGCCUUUGGUUGUUUGCUUGCUUGCGUGUGCUUGUUUUGUUCGUUCAAUCUCCCUGCCAUCUUUAGUACGCUUGGGGGAUCAGGAGGAGGUGGUGGGCGCUGUCCGUAUUUGUGCUGCAUUUCUAACCAAGUUGAAGCACGUAGCAGAAGCCAGCACGCAGAGGCCCGUUGGAGAAGUUGUGAUUGCUUGCCCUUCUUGGUUUAGAGAACAAAACAGACAGGCUCUUCUUGAUGCAGCAGAUGUUGCGGGCCUCACUUGCCUCCGCGUUAUUAGCGACAUGACAGCAA